AUGCAGAAGCAGGAUAAGAUAAAUUUCCGAGAGCAUGCUAAGAAAAUUGGUCAUAAUCUCUGCAUUUGGCCACAAUGUGACCAGCCAUGUGAAAAUUUCGCCACAUUUUUGCAUCAUUUGGCAACGGUGCAUACGCUCGACGAACGAUCCGCUCAGCAGUGUCGAGCUCAAAUCGAGGUAGUGGAUAACCUAGAACAUAGGCUCAACAGGGAGCGUACUCGCUUGCAGGCUAUGAUGCAACACUUACACAUGAAACAAUCACCUGAUACCACUACACCAACAUUAGGCACGUUGCAGCAGUCACAAGAUUCAACAUCCAUCCCAUCACCAACACUUGCAGAGACAAAAGCUGAAUCUCUGCCCGAUCAGCAGCAAACAAUCACGGCAUUGUCAUUACCAAGUGUGUCAAACGUUGAAGGUUCACAACAACAGCAACAAGAGCAAGAGCAACGGCAACAACAACAACAGUCCCAGCAGUGUCAUCAUCGUGCGACUCCAACACCACGGCGGAAAAUCAACGACAAAGUUGUUUUACAUAUUUCAACCGAUAUUGCACGAAACCGCGAAUUUUAUCGAACACAUGAUGUUCGUCCACCAUAUACAUAUGCAUCUCUUAUACGCGAGGCUAUUAUGGAGUCCAAAGAUUGCCAAUUAACACUUAACGAAAUUUAUCAGUGGUUCACGGAAACAUUUGCAUACUUCCGAAGGAACGCUGCAACUUGGAAGAAUGCAGUGAGACAUAACUUAUCGUUACAUAAAUGUUUUGCACGGGUUGAGCAGAAUGUGAAAGGUGCCGUAUGGACAGUGGAUGAUUCAGAAUUCUACCGACGACGGCCUCAACGUGCGCAUACGUCACGAAGUACGCCGUCGACACCGAAACCUGAUAACCCGUUAAGUUUACUUUCCACAGCAGCUGCAGCAUCUGCAGCAAGUAUGAUGAUUGCAGCCAGCGAGCAUCCGGAAGCAGUGCUCCUUUGUGAUAUCAAGCAAGAAGUAUUAGCUGCCGAGAAUGUUACUCCAAGCUCACUACAAAUGUUCAUCAAAGAAGAAAAAUCGAGCCCGAAGCUUGAGGUUGGCGAAGAAUCAUAG